AUGGCGCCAAGGAAGAAUGUGGGCGGUCCCAAAGGAAAGGGACCUGCCAAGAAGACGUCGGCAAAACGUCCCCUCCCUCCCAACGAAUCAUCAUCGGGGGAGGAUGACGUUUCUGCUGAAGACUUAAAUGCCUUGAUGGCCAGAAUGGAAAAAUUUGAACGGGAGAGAGGGUUGUCAACAAGGGAGGCGGGGCCGCGCCCGGCACGACGGGCGAGCAGGAAGCUGAUUUUUAAAAAUCUUCUCUCCCGUAUGUCUGUUUUAGAGGCCAGCUGUGCAGCGGUGAGGCGGGAUGGAGAAGGGYCGGAACAACCAGAGCCCAGCCAWGAAGAACAGGGUCCCACUGCCCCGUUGGUUGGGCAACCUCAAGCGGCCCGGGGUCAGGCGGCGGCGGACCAGUUAGCACCAUCAGCACUGACUGACGCUGCGCCGGCGAUAUCCCGGCCUCAGCUGGAGAUUCCAGAAGUCCGGCCUGAGACGAUUGCAACAUCAUCGGCCGCCGCCCCGGCUUAUCCGGUCCGAGCAUCUUCCUCGGCGGCACCGGCCGUUUCAGGGUCGGUGUCAGUGGGACAGCCUUCCGUACAAGACAGUGUUGUAGACGGGCCGUCGACAUCAUCAGAUGGAGCGAUUCAGGCAACUGGCACCCGACGCGGACGUGGACCCAGAGCGCAUGCCGGACCAUCUCUGGAAGGUUGGAGUGACGAGACGGCGUUAGGUAUGAGUUUGGCUCUCGCACCCAGCUCCAGAAAAUCAUACAUCAGGGCAGUCCAAGAAUUUCUAGAUUUUAGACAACAAUAUAACCUGCCGGGAGCCAUGCCUGUCCCUUACGAGCAGCUGGCUCAGUUUUGUGUAUACAAUAAGAGGAGAGGCUUAGCACCCCAGUCCAUUAGAGCGAAGUUAUCAGCGCUCGCUUAUUGGUUCAAGGCCCAGGGCCUUAGCGACCCCACUGAUGACUUUAGGAUACACAAAUUCUUAACGGGAUGGUCCAGGCAGCGCGGGCAUCCCAGGGAUGAACGGCAGCCAAUGACACCCGCUAUUAUGAAAGGACUUAAACAGCUAUGGCCCAGAUUGUGCACCUCACUUUAUGAGCAGGUUUUAUUUCAUGCCGCGGCUUUGACUGCGUUUUUUGGAGCUCUCCGGGUGAGUGAAUUGGUAGCAUUAUCCAAGAGCGAUACCUCACGCCGUGCAUUGUUGAUUUCCGACAUUAAGGUUCUUCACGAUAACAUUGAAAUCAUUAUCAGAGCUUCCAAAACUGACCAAGAAUCUAAGGGCCAGGUGUUCAGGCUGCUAAAGUGCAGUGAGGAGGACCUUUGCCCCGUGAAGGCCAUGACACAAUUUACGGCGCUCAGGGGCAGUGAGAAAGGUUACCUUUUCUCCCAUCAGGAUGGCAAGCCGCUGACCAAGUACCAAUUCUGGACCAUCACAACUAAGGCGCUGGUCAUGCUGGGAUUGGGUCACCUUAAAUUUGGGACCCACUCCUUUAGGAUUGGUGCUGCCACAGCAGCAGCUGAGAUGGGGUAUGGCGAUGAUGAGAUAAAAGCCAUAGGUAGAUGGAGGUCUGGCGCGUUCAGAGGCUACGUACGGUCAGUUUCAUCCUAGAUGUGGUUAUCGUUGCAGGUCUCUCCAGGCUGGCACAUAGAAGACGGGUCCUGGUCUGCGGACACAGUUAUGUCUUUUGGGCAGGGAGAGAGGCCCUCAGGACUGCCUAUGGCCAGCAUUUGGGGCUCGCUUCCACGGCAGCGGUGGAAUGGAGAGGAAGGAGAGGCCUGCGUUGGGACGGUUUGUGCCCCUUGUUGUUUAAUGCCGGGAGUGUUUUGCCUCCCGAUGUGUUGGUUAUCCACCUCGGUGGUAACGAUUUGGGCCUGUUAACAGGCAAAGCCCUCUUUUUACAAGCAAGGGCAGACAUCCGUAAAAUUUGGUGGACAUGGCCCGGGGUGCACAUCGUUUGGUCCGCUAUCAUACCUCGUCGCAGAUGGCUCGGAGGAGGCGACGUGGGGAGGCUCGAAAAAGCCAGGAAGCGAGUGAACCGGGCCAUGCGGAUAUUCAUGAUCCAUCAGAGGGGUCAUGUUAUCUCACAUCCAAAUAUCACACGGGAUGAUGAGAGGUUAUAUCGUAGUGAUGGAGUGCACCUAUCUGAAUUGGGCAACCAACUAUU